AUGGCCCCGAGCCAGCAGAAACGUGAUCUUGCGGACUUUUUCAAACCCUACGCCCGCGCCAGGUUUCUCACAAAGCAGACGAUACCUCAGAAGCGCUCCUCACCACAGCCUAACGAGCAGGUCGAUGGUGCCAGCGACCCGCAGCGCAUCUCUCCUCCGCGCCCGUCUACGCCUCCGAGGAGGCGACCGCAAAAAGCAGUCUCCACGCCAAAGUCACCAUCACACAGCUCAAUAACCACACCCCGCUCCGAAACCCUUGCUAUUCGGACGCCUCAGAGCAGCAGGAUACUUCCUGGGCUUGCGCUUGCGCCUCCUCCAACCGAUAACCGCAAUCUAGAGGGUGCGCCUCCACCUGAAUACGACGCUACAGCAUAUUCAUCGGCUGGAUCGCCAUCGCCAACGCCAGCGAAUCAGAGGAAUGAGAGCACGGUGAAUCCCACCAUUUUACCGGCCUCGACGCAGACCAUAGUGAAGGAAGGCAAAGUCAUAGCAGUGAGAGACUCGGAUUCGGAUGACAAUGAGUCUCUAACGUCUCUCACCGACAUCUUUGGAUGGAGAAAAGAUGAUGAUGAGACUUCUGCUUCAUCGCCGCCCGAGCUCGAAGAGAAGAACCGUGAGGCGGAGAGGAUCAGUACCCUACGAUUGUUCACAAAUGGCCGGUCCGACCCAAUAGUAGGCAAACAAAAGAUCCGAGAGAUCCUAGCGAUGAAAGCGUCGAGAAAUAUGAGCAAAUACAUGACACAACAAGAAGCUCAUGUCAAAGCAGCUGGUGAGAUCAAAGAAGCACGGGAAAGAUACGAAAGCCACUUGCGGGAGCUUGAUCAGGAAGCGUCCACGGGUGAUCUCGUAUCUAAGCUGCAAGAGUAUGUGGGUGCCGAUGAGGGAGAGGCUGACCGGCUGAUGGGUGCUGUUCGUCGCACAGAGGCGCUAUCCGAGGAACCGUCUUUCUCCUUCUUCGGGCCCAAGGGAAUGAUAGACUGGGCUCUUGAAUCUUCUGCCGAAGUCGAUUUUCCGGCUGGAUCCGUGCCUCUCAACCUCUUCCGUAGUUAUGACGAUGACGGCCGCUCUCGCGCUUUCAUGUCCGGCUUCAUAUCCGAGUUGGCCAAUGAAGGAGUGCUUGACGAUCAGACGCUCACUUGGGCUUUCAAUGCGCUGCCAACAGAGCCGAACUACAGUUUACGCUACGCCUAUCUCGAAUCCUUAGAGCAAGGAGCCCGGAGUUGGGCUCGAACCAACAUCACGGCAACCGAUGUUCAAGCCUGUUUCAGGGCAAUAGGUGCACACUCAUCAAGUAUUGAUUCGAGUACGCACCUCGAAGCCAGACAACAUCCCCGUCAACGCCCACCCCUGAUGCCCAGAGAGCUUAUUUCUGUGCUGGAGGUCUUUAUCAGGAUGUCUCCUCAUAUGGGCUUUGAAGCCCUGAGUAUGCUGUCUUCAAUACUGUGUCGGAUCGCUAUCGACGCCUACGUUAUGGCUGACUCACGAAUCGCAGCAAAGGUUGAAUUGCUCUUUCAAGGCCUUUUAGGUGGCAACCUAGCGACAGAAGCAGCACUCCAUGUGGCGUCGCAUAUGUUCACCGAUAUGGUCGCAAACCUGAUGGAUCCGACACUACAGGCGCUUCUUCUUGAGCACAUCCCCCCGGGAACUCCUCUGCAAUGCAACGUCCGCAUGAACUUAGCGCAUGCAUUCCUGCUCGGUGUUACCAGCAGCAGCAACAGCAGCCUCUCUUUCGCACAGCCCGCCAAAGUUGACUUGCCUGCGCUUACUACUCUGAUCAGUACGUCCGACGACUAUGCUACCGCCAAGCACCGUACCACACUGAAUUACACGCAACUCCGCGCCCGCAUCACUAUUCUAGACAUAGCCGUCUCCAACGGUGGCAUCCCCGAUGCUUUUCCGACACCACAGUUCGCAAGCGUCAAAGACUUCAAUCGCGAGGUUGAUGGGUUGGCGGCCGCUCUUCGCAGAACCACCACUGCCAUUGCCGACACGGGCGCGACCCACAUGAAGCGCACAGAAGCAAAGGAGAAGUUGGAGGGUGUGUAUCGCCGAUUACUCUACGCGGUGAGGACGGAACCGCCUCCGAAAAAGCACAUCUUUGAUCAAGUGACGGGCAAGUACGGGGACGGAGACGAGGUGAGAGCCGUCGGGCGAGGCAGGGCGAUCAUGCAGGGAUUUCUGGCCAAGGUCAAGGAAGACCAGGUUGAGGGCAAGAUCAAAGAGGAGAAAUUCUGGACCCCGAGCUCAGGGAGUACGCAGGUCUUUGAAGAGGCCUCCGAGAGGCUGUCUGAAGAUCCGACCUAA